AAGAACAACUGUUGACUAUGCAUUCCGUUGAGCUUUUACAAGUGCAAUCUCCUGUGAUGAAAAACCCAAUAAAGGUGAGUUGUUAAAUCCUUGCCGCUGCGAUGGGUCUGUACGGUACACGCAUCAGCUUUGCCUCUUAAAGUGGAUAAGUGAAAGAGGGUCAUGGACCUGUGAACUCUGCUGUUACAGAUACCAUGUUAUAGCAAUUAAAAUGAAAAGGCCUUGCCAGUGGCAAAGCAUUACUAUAACACUGGUUGAGAAAGUGCAGAUGGUUGCUGUAAUCCUAGGAUCUCUGUUCUUAGUAGCAAGUGUGACUUGGCUUCUAUGGUCAGCCUUCAGCCCUUAUGCAGUAUGGCAAAGAAAGGACAUCCUUUUUCAAAUCUGCUAUGGAAUGUAUGGUUUUAUGGAUCUAGUAUGCAUAGGACUGAUAGUACAUGAAGGUGCAUCUGUUUAUCGAGUGUUUAAGCGCUGGAGGGCUGUGAAUCUACACUGGGAUGUGUUAAAUUAUGAUAAAGCCACAGACAUAGAAGAAAGCAAUCGAGGAGAAUCCUCAGCAGGAAGGACAUUGUGGUUACCACUGACUGCAUUUAGAAACAGAAGUUUAGUUCAUCCAACACAGUUAACCUCACCAAGAUUUCAGUGUGGCUAUGUAUUGUUACAUCUGUUCAACCGCAUGAGACCUCAGGAAGAUUCAUCAGAGGAUAACAGCUCUGGAGAAGUAGUGAUGAGAGUGACCUCAGUGUAAAGAUUAUGCUCACUGUGCUACACAGAUAAGGAUAAUGUGCCCUGGUGUUACAGGACUUUGGAAUGUAGUUACGAUGAAUGGUGAAACCAUUAACACUUGAAAAAAAUAUAUACACAUUUUUUAAAAAUUUAAUGCUUUUUAUAUGAUCAGCUAUAACACAAAUACAUUUUUCUGGGGAAAAAAGUCUCUUGCUUUUUAUAUAGUCUGGUUUAUUAGCUCUUUUAUCAAUUUGUACUUGAGGCAUAUACAAUAUAGUUUAACUCUUAGGUCUUUGAAUUAUGAGGAAACUCAUUUUUAAGUAAAAAAAUAUUUAAAUGUAUUUUCUUAAACUCUGGCUUUAAUCCACUACUGUUAUUUUUCCCCACUUUCAUGAGGAUUAAA